ACUCUUUUUGUGAUCGACUCCCGGCCCCACUGUCAUGCGCACCAAAGAGCAGAGAAACGGAGAGAACGAAAACGAAGUAUUGUUCUUUCUCAGAGGUGGUUAUAAUCGUCAGGAAUGAGCUGUAGCUAGUUCCGGGAGUUUGAUCAGUGUGUGAGGGUCUGAUAGCUGUGUGUGUGUGUGUGUGUGUGUGUGUCCCGCCGUGCACCAUGGCGUUCAUCAGAAAAAAGGAGCGCUGCAAAGAGAGGUUUUCACUGCUCUUACUAGACCUGGAGGAAUAUUACUUUGAACAGUACACUGCAUACAAAGUGGCUGGACUCCCAAACAGAAACAUUCGAGGCUCUUUAAAGAUCUGUUCCAAAUCAGUCAUUUUUGAGCCAGAUGAGAUAGUGGAGCCUAUUUUAAAGAUCCCACUCAAAGACUGCCGGCGGAUAGAAACAGUGGAGGAGAAUGAGUCCAACCCUUUUAAAGAAACCAAGCCAGCAUCUCUGCUUAUGGAAACCAAACAGGUUUUUCUCAUUAAAGAGGGGAAUGCUGUUGCUCCUUACAAAUAUGAAAGGGGAGAAAGAAGUGUCAUAUUCCAGCUGGAGAUACCCAGAAAAACAGAAGAUGUUGUCCAGACGCUGCUGCAGUUACAUAGAGCAUCACGUCUGGACAAGCUGGGGGACCAGACCGCCAUGAUCGCUGCAAACUUGCAAUCCAGGUUGGCGAGAACAUCUUUCGAUAAGAACAGCUUUCAGAGUGUGUCUGAGAGGCCUCAUAUGGAGUGUAUGGCUGAGAUGGUGACCCCUCUGGUAACCAACCCUGGCCAUGUCUGCAUCACAGACCACAACCUGUACUUCCAGCCCCUUAAUGGUUACCCUAAUUCAGUGGUGCACAUUGGGCUCCACAGUGUCCGGCGCAUCUAUAAGAGAAGACAUGGCCUGAGACCACUGGGGCUGGAGGUGUUUUGUACAGAGACUGAUCUGUGUUCAGAUAUCUACCUAAAGUUCUACAAUACCGAAGACAGAGAUGAACUUUACUAUUACAUCGGCACUUUCCUAGAGAACCACAUAGCAGAGCACACAGCAGAGAGUUACAUGCUACAGUGGCAGAGAGGCCACAUCUCCAACUACCAGUACCUGCUGCACCUUAACAACCUGGCAGACCGCAGCGUUAAUGACCUCUCACAAUAUCCUGUGUUUCCUUGGGUCCUCAGCGACUACACUAGCCCACAACUAGAUCUGUUGAACCCUGCCUCUUUUCGGGACCUCAGUAAACCUGUGGGAGCUUUAAACAAAGAGAGACUGGAAAGGCUACUGGAGCGUUACAAGGACAUGCCUGAACCUCGUUUCAUGUAUGGUAGUCAUUACUCCUCUCCUGGAUACGUUCUCUUCUACCUUGUUAGAGUGGCUCCGGAGCAAAUGCUAUGCUUGCAGAACGGUCGUUUUGACCACGCAGACCGAAUGUUCAACAGUAUUGGAGAUACCUGGAAGAACUGCUUAGAGGGAGGCACUGACUUUAAAGAGUUGAUUCCUGAGUUCUAUGGAACAGACUCCAGUUUUCUGAAGAACAUGCUGGGGUUAAAUCUGGGUCGGAGGCAGGGUGGAGGGCGAGUAGAUGAUGUGGAGCUUCCUCCUUGGGCUACAGAUGUGGAAGACUUUCUGCAGAAGAUGCGCUCUGCAUUGGAGAGUCAGUUUGUGUCAGAGAAUUUGCACGAGUGGAUCAAUUUGAUCUUUGGUUACAAACAGAGAGGGAGUGAAGCUGUUGCAGCCCACAAUGUUUUUCAUCCAUUAACAUAUGAAGGUGGCAUUGACUGUGACAGUAUCGAGGACCCAGAUCAGAAGAUAGCGAUGCUAACACAGAUACUAGAGUUUGGUCAGACUCCUCGACAGCUUUUCACCAAACCUCAUCCUCAACGCAUCACACCUCGAUUCCACAACGUCUCUGCAGGGAGCACAUCUCCCAAUGACCUCUCGCCAGGUUCUCCCAGUAUGGAAUCGUUUGAGGAUCUGACGGAGGAAAGUAAGACACUUGCCUGGAGCAACAUGAACAGACUCACACUGCAGUCCAGUCACAAGAUACACAAAGAGCCAGUGACAGGAAUUGCAGUGACUUUCAGUGGUGUGUCCGUUUUCACAACAUCUCAAGACUCUACCUUAAAGAUGUUUUCUAAGGAAAGCAGUGCACUACAGAGGAGUAUGUCCUUUUCCAACAUGGCUUUGUCCUCUUGUGUCAUAUUGCCUGAGGAUAAAACCGUGGUUUGUUCUUCAUGGGAUAAUAAUGUGUACUUUUAUUCAAUAGCGUACGGCAGGAGGCAGGACACACUCAUGGGUCAUGAUGAUGCUGUGAGUCAAGUUUGCUGGAGAGACAACCAGCUCUACACAGCAUCAUGGGACUCGACUGUAAAGGUGUGGAAGUGUGUAGCUGCAGACAUUUCCAAUAAUAAGAGGACACAGUUUUUGCUGCUGGCUGAGUUGGAGCACGAGGCAGGGGUUAACACUAUAGCCCUAAGUCCUGCUGGUACACUCUUGGCAUCAGGCACAAAAGAGGGCACCCUCAGCGUUUGGGAUGUUGCCAGCUUCUCCCUCCUGCAUCAGCUCACCUGUCAUUCUGGAAAGAUCCACCAAGUGGCCUUUAGUCCUGACAGUCGAAACAUCCUGAGUAUUGGUGAGGAUUUGUAUUUGAAGGUUACAGACGUACAGACAGGCACAACACUGUCUGCCGUUCUUGCAGAGGAAGAACAGAGGUGUUUCUGUUGGGACGGCAGCAUUGUGUUGUCUGGAGGUCAGUCAGGGAACCUGCUCAUCUGGGAUCUCCUUACUAGCAAGAUUACACACAGGAUCCAAGCUCACUCUGGUCCUGUCUCUUGCAUUUGGAUGAAUGAGCAGUGCAGCACUGUCAUUACAGGAGGGGAAGAUAAACAGAUCAUGUUCUGGAAACCCCAGUAUUAAGACACAUACACACACACAUACACAAAUAUUACUACAACUAAAUGUGCUGGACACAAGAAUUCAGUUUGAAGCCUGAGGUACUUUUUCACCCACCUGCUCUAUAGACCUGUGAGCAUAAAUAUGAUCUUGAGCAGUUAGUACAUUUCUGCUACACAUCUGAAAGCUGUUAAAGAAACUGAAUCAGGAACGAUUUUACUGAUGCUCUUAUUACAAUGAAAGGGUUUUUUUUGGAGAUAUUUAAAGUCUACCAUGCUCUUGAUGCCUUUUUAUUGUUUUAUAUUAUUGUUUUAUCACUCUCAUUUUUAUUAGGAAGAAAUAUGCCAUGUUUAUAAAUGAGUGCGUUGUGGAAUAGGGGGCUGUAUGUCAUGGAUCCGUAUACCUCAUUUACCUGCAGAAAUAUAAAUAUUAAUUACCCAUGAACUGUUUAAUGGAGGGAGUUGUGUUAUAAAGUCCAACUAUUUACAAAAUUCCGGUCUCACAAUUUGUACGGAUGCUUCGAAAGGUUUCUGAAUGUCAGCAACUGCAUGUUUUGUUUUCUUUGUUUAUUUUAGUUGAAUAAAAUGAUCACUGGUUAUAUUUAUGCUCACAAUAAAAACACACUGCAAAAGAUUUGUACAAUAAUUAUCUUACAGCAGCUGGCUUUUUUUUUUUUGAAGAAAAUCUUAAAGAAAAGAAAUCUUAAAGAAAAGCUUAAAGUUUUAAUUUGAAGAAAAUCUGGACAAAAUUGAUUGGAAUUUGUGCAAACUAUAAUAUAAUGACGCUGUUGCCGUAUUAAUAAAACUAGUGCCGUAUAAAGUAAAGAGAAUUGAAAACAUUUUUUACACAUCUAACUACAUGUAGAACAUGUAUCACUGCAUGCACAUCAGCCAAGUGUUCAUGCUGUGCACUUUACUGCUGUUAUUAGUAUAAAUCGUUGCUGUAUUGAGAGUCAUAAAAACUGGCCUUGGAGCUGCAGUAGAUUAAAUAGAUUCCAGUUUCAUGCUAUUUCAAUUAUGUCCAGUCAUGUACAACAUUAUGACCUUUUAUGUAACUCUUCAUGCAGUCUAGAUGAAGUACGCUGCCCAUACUGCAGGAAACUAUAGGAUUUGUUUUUCCUUUUCACAUGUUUUUAGGUUUCCAUAUUGAAUUUCACAGGCGUCUUUAGUUAAACCUUAUGCUUUUUUUUUUUACCUGUACAUUUAAGAAGCAGCAAAAAACGAUGCCUCUAUAUACUCAUGUUUAUUACGUAUAAAUCGACCGCUAUCAAGCCAUUUAGAGUAAUCCACCACGUUCAGCAAUACUUAUGCAAACAUGAAAAACUCCUCUUGUGUGUGUGUAUAUAUGUACACAUAUAAAUAUACAUGCACACACUGAUCUUUAUUUUAUAUUUAUAUCUUAGUAAGAUCUUAGAUUUUUGAUAGCUAGAAAAGUAAAUAAAAAAUGAAGCAAUACGUGUAAAAAUGAAAAGAAUGGUUAUUGUGCAAUAAUAAUAAUAAUAAUAAUAAAAGACAUGAGACCUGUUCAAUUGUA